AUGACGGAUCCCUGGGUGAACGUGGCGCAGGCCCCUGCCGAUGCCAUUCUUGAGCUUACGGUUGCCUUUAAGAACGACAAGGCCGACAAAAAGGUGAAUCUCGGUGUCGGUGCCUACCGUGACGAGACCGGCAAGCCGUGGGUGCUCCCCGCGAUCCGCGAGUCGAAGAAGCUGCUGCUGAACGACCCCGAGGUGGACCACGAGUACCUCCCGAUUGCCGGAUAUGCCCCCUACCUCAAGGCCAGCGGCGAGCUGCUCUUUGGCGCGGAUGCGUCGGCCGUGAAGGAGAACCGCCUGGUGACGAACCAGACGAUCAGCGGCUCUGGCGCGAACCACAUCGGCGCCGAGUUCGUGUCCAAGUUCUACCAGUUCCCCACCGACAAAAAGGUGAUCUACGUGUCGAAGCCGACGUGGCCGAACCACUUUGCGAUCAUGCACGCCGGCGGUCUCGAGACGGUCGAGUACCGCUACUACGACGAGAAGACCCGCGGCCUGGACUUUGAGGGUCUCAAGGCGUCGCUUCGCGAUGCGCCCGACGGCAGUGUCGUGCUGCUGCACGCCUGUGCGCACAACCCCACCGGUGUGGACCCCAACGAGGCCCAGUGGAAGGAGCUUGCGGAGCUCUUCAAGGAGAAGAAGCUCUUUGCGUUCUUCGACUGUGCGUACCAGGGCUUUGCGUCGGGCGACCCCGUGCGCGACGCGUUUGCGGUGCGCUACUUUGAGUCGCAAAAGACGAUCCCGAUGCUCGUCUGCCAGAGCUACGCCAAGAACGCGGGCCUGUACGGCGAGCGUAUCGGCGCUCUGCACGUCGUCGUGCAAAAGUCGGAGGAGGUGCCCAAGGUGCAGAGCCAGCUGAACGCGCUGCAGCGCAGCGAGAUCAGUACCUGCCCCGCCUUUGGUGCGCGCCUCGUUGCCAAUGUCCUCACGAAGCCCGAACUGCUCGAGCAGUGGCACAAGGACAUCCAGACGAUGGCGCACCGUAUCAUUGCCAUGCGCAAGGAGCUCUACAACCUGCUUGUGAACAAGUACAAGACCCCUGGCACCUGGAACCACAUUGUGGACCAGACCGGUAUGUUCUCGUUCCUGGGCCUGAACACGGACCAGUGCGACCGCCUGGUGAAGGACGGCCACAUUUACCUGGUCAAGACGUCGCGUAUUAGCAUGGCGGGCCUGAACCCCAGCAACGUCGACUAUGUCGCGCAGUGGAUCGACCAGGUGGUCCGCGACGCGAAGCUGUAG